UGACCUUGACCCUUUGACAUCAACAUGGAAAAAGUGGGAGGACAAUACUUUUUGGGCUUUGAUUUUAGCACUCAGCAGAUUAAGGUUAUUGCCAUAGAUGAUUCACUAAACAUUAUCCAUGAGAAUGCUGUGAAAUUUGACACUGACUUGCCUGAGUACAAGACAUCAGGGGGUGUACACAUCCAUGAUGAUAAAUUAACAGUGACCUCCCCCACCAUAAUGUGGGUGAAAGCCUUAGACAUUCUACUUGACAAAAUGAAAUGUGAUGGCUUUGAUUUCCAAAAGGUGUCAGCACUUUCUGGAGCUGGUCAACAACAUGGCAGUGUGUACUGGAGGAAAGGAGCAGAAGAGACAUUGAAGUCCCUGCAGGCUGGGAAACCUUUGCAUGAACAACUGCAGGACAGUUUCAGUGUUAAAGAUUCUCCAGUAUGGAUGGACUCCAGUACCACUGAGCAGUGUAAGAACUUAGAGUCAACACUUGGUGGUGCACAAGUUGUAGCAGACAUCACUGGGUCAAGGGCAUAUGAACGAUUCACUGGUAACCAGAUAGCACAAGUUUAUCAGAAGCAGGCAGAGGCCUAUAAUAACACAGAGAGAAUCUCUCUUGUGAGUAGCUUUGGUGCUUGUCUCUUCAGUGGACACUACACACCAAUAGAUGACAGUGAUGGCUCAGGGAUGAACCUCAUGGACAUUCACUCAAGAAAAUGGUCUCAAGAAUGUCUUCAAGCAAGUGCUCCAAAUCUAGAGGCUCUAUUGGGAGAUGUAGUACCUUCACACACUGUAGUUGAUACAAUAAGUAAGUACUUUGUGGAAAGGUACAACUUAAACCCUGACUGUAAAGUGGUGGCAUUCACUGGUGAUAACCCUGCAUCUGUGGCUGGAAUGAGAUUAAAGAAAGGUGAAGUUAUUAUUAGUUUAGGCACAAGUGAUACACUAUUUCUUUGGCUGGAAGAACCUAAACCAGCAUUGGAAGGUCAUAUUUUUGCAAACCCCUGUGACACUAAAGAGUAUAUGGCUUUACUUUGUUUUAAAAAUGGUUCCCUAACGAGGGAACGGAUACGCGACAAAGAUGCUGGAGGUUCUUGGGAAAAAUAUGCAGAAGUUCUCAAAUCAACACCACGUGGCAAUAAUGGAAAAAUAGGAAUAUAUUUUGAUGUGCAAGAAAUCACCCCCAGUGCAGUAGGAUGUCACAGAUUUAAUGAGAACAAUCAAAAGGUGGAUGGUUUCAGUAAUGCAGAAGAAGUACGUGCACUGGUAGAGGGUCAGUUUAUUGCCAAACGUGUACAUGCUGAAAAUCUGGGAUUCAACAUAGGUCCAACAACUAGGGUUCUAGCGACUGGGGGAGCCUCAUCAAACCAAGCAAUGCUACAAGUGAUAUCUGAUGUGUUCAAUGCCCCAGUUUACAUACAGGAUGUUGCCAACUCAGCAUGUCUUGGUGGUGCUUAUAGAGCAAAACACGGUUAUAUGGGGGGAGAGACAGUUCCAUUCAGCGAUGUGGUUAAGGACGCCCCAGACUUCACAUGUGCAGCCAAACCUAGCCAAGAUGCAGAUAAGGUGUACACACCCUUGGUGGCCCGCUAUAAAGCAUUGGAAGAGAGAAUAGUUAAGGAACAGACUACUUAGUCUGAAAAGCUACUAAUAACACAAUUCCAGAAAAUAACAUCCCAAUUUACAGGACUUGAGCUUGAGUUGAAAUAACUUGUAUAUUAGCCAAGGUGAAAGUAUACAGUACAUGUGUUUGGUUUUCAGCAGUACUCUAUGAGUAAAAGAUGUGCCAAAAUUGUAGUCAUUAAGGAAAUGUAUUACUAUAUCGAUUUAUGGUAAAUGGAAGUAGCAUAAGUUUUGGUGUCAUCUCCCCAUUCCCCCUCUCGUUCUUAGCAUUAUUACUUGUUCUAAAUCGAUAUAUUGAUGCACUUCCAAAAGGGCUUUCAAAUAUUGAAAAUGUUUAGAUUUUCUGAUAUUGUAAAAUAUAAAUUAUAUUUUUAUAUAUCUACUUAUUUUUAUGGUGCUUCAUUGUCAAGAUUUAGGGACAAAUGUAAUUAAUUGUACCAGUGUUUAUGUAUACUCAUACAUGUACAUGU